UCAGCGGACACCUACAGGAAGGCUGUAGGGCCCUACAGACAGGGGACCUGGACAAGGCAGAGGAACACUUUGCAGCUGCGCUCAAGUUGGUCCAUGUGAAAGACUCAAAUGCAGAAGAACACUUGAAAGAAGCAGAACCUCUGAAUAAGCUGAGCGAUGUGUACCUCAGGAGAGGCAUUCUGUCGGAAGACGGAGGAGACUUCACCAAGGCUGCAGCACUCUGUAACGCAGCACUGGUCAGAGCAAGGGAAGAAGACAGAGAGAGGAUCAAACGUAAAAUCCGAAACGUUACUCGUUUAUUUUGUAGACACGUGCUGGGUACCGAACAAACAGUGGACAUCGGUACAGUUGAGAAACACAAGCUCCAGCUGAAAGAAAUUCGGGAGCAUGUGUAAGAAGAGAUCAACAGAAUCAGACAAGAGGUAGAUCCUUACAGCCUUGAUGAUGACGACCCGAACAUUACAGAAGUGGAGAAGAAAAGGGCGGAAGCAAUUAAAGAAUUGCUUGAGAAAAUUGUUCAUAAACGAAGAACGGUCAUAGCUGGUCUUGUAGAUGAAUGCAUUGAGGUAAUGGGCCCCCCUCCCUGUAAGUACGCUAUGAUAGGUUUGGGUUCACAGGCCACGGGGUUAGCAACCCCGUACUCGGAUCUGGAAUUUGCCAUUUUGGUAGAUAAGGAAACAGAUGAUAAUGUCAAGUAUUUCCAAAACCUCACCCACUAUCUGCACCUCAAAGUGAUAGAUUUUGGAGAGACUAUUCUCCCGGCCAUGGCGAUUAAGUCACUAAAUGAUUUUGACGCAGAUAAUAAGCUGCAUAACUGGUUCUACGACUCUGUAACACCGCGCGGAUUUGCGUUUGAUGGGGCAAUGCCCCAUGCCUGCAAGACCCCGUUAGGCAGAGGUAAAACAUUACAUCUUAUCCGCACACCAAGAAACAUGAUUAAUAUACUGAAAGACGGCGCCACUCUACCUCUGAAGAAAGGCUAUCAUCUUGCAAGUAUUCCGGGAAAUGUUUCUUUGAUUACUGGAGAACAGGACUUGGUUGAUGAAUAUUCUGCUCUAUGGGAUCAUCAAUUCAAGGAAGACAGGAUUCCUCAGCUCGAGCACAUCACCAGAAAUAUAUUGAAAUGUGCACUGAUGUUUACAACGCAGGCUCCAACCGCCAUGUUGCUAGAUGUUAAGAAAGAAAUUUAUCGAUUUUCAAGCCUUGCGGUGUUUUGCUGGGCUCUACUUUGCAACAUACAACCGGCAACAGUCUGGGAGACAAUUCAGAACAUGCACAUAAAAGGAGUCAUCAACAGUGAUAACGCACAUCACCUGAUGGUGCUGGUCAGCAUCUCAGCAGAACUGAGGUUGUGUACGUACAUGAACAAUCGUGGUCAGGUGGAAAACAUGUCAGCCCUGUCCUCCGUAUCGAGGGAUACAGAUGCCGAUAACACUGUAAGGAAAGUGUUUUACUUUUCCAAUACAAAACAGCUCAUAAGAUACUACUACACAGCUAUACCAUUACAGCGAUUUAUCUCACAACUUGCUGACAGUGAGUCAGAAAAACGGGUGGGCAUCCUUCAUGAGAAAACUUCGCAGAUAGAAGCAGAAGUAUACGAAAGUCUGUGCGAUUAUAAGAAAUGGAAGACAUGCACAGAACGGGCACUACAGAAGGAGUUGGAUAAACAUGGCAAGAACACAGCCCAUCCCGACAUUGCCAAGUUACUAGAUGACUUGGGUGCCGCCUGUUUACACAUUGAUGACUGCGAUAUGCUACAUAAGGCCAUCAGCUAUCAAGAAAAGUCACUACAGAUGAAGCGGACACUAUAUGGGGAAACCAUUACACAUCCUGACAUUGCCAGUUCUCUCCGCAAUCUGAGUAUUACCUGGGCACAACUGACAGAUCAAAAAAAGGCCGAAAGCUAUCUGGAGCAGGCACUGCAGAUGGUCCUGGGUGAUAGUGAAAGCCCGUUCCGUCCUGAUGUCGUAGGGUCACUUCAAAGUGUGCGUUUCUUCUGUUUGGAUGAUCACAAAGAAACCAUAAACCAUGACAACUUACAGGCGAUGCAGACCGACUGUAUGGGCAUUGCCAGCCAAUUUCACACUUUGGGUGCCAUCUACGCCUCCCUUGGUGAACACAAAAAGGCCCUUCCCUAUUAUGAGUGGUCAUUGCGAAUGAUACAGGGCAUCUAUGGCAACAGCGCGGUACAUCCUAAUAUUGCUGCAACACUAACCAACAUGGGCUACGUCUGCAUAAAGCUUGGUGAUGAAAAGAAGGCCGUAGGCUAUCUCGAACAGUCACUUCAGAUGAUGCUUAGCAUAUAUGGCGAAAACAGUGCUCAUUCUGACAUUGCCAAGUUGCUUAAACACUUGGGAUACGCCUAUUACAUCCGCGGUGAUCAUAAAAAGGCCAUCAGCUAUUUCGAACAGUCGCUGAAGUUAAAGCUGGUCAUUCACAAGGAGACGACUACACCUAUUGAAAUUGCUGAAAUAUUUCUCAGUUUGGGUUCUUGCUGUAUCAAACUUGGUGAUUACGGAGGUGCCAGUAGCUACUUUGUACAGGCACUGUAUUCCCAAAUAUCAUGGAGAGAAGUAGGAAAACUGUGUUAUGAUCUGCUUCCUUAUUUACUUCUGUAUGUGGAGACAUUUUACCACUUAGAUAAAUGCCUGAGCCUGUCAGACAGCAUGGAUCACGCCUUCAUUCCAUAACUAAGUGUUGUAGAAUUUGAUAGGUGAAAGGAGAAGAUAUACACUC